GACGGGGGCAUCGCCGCAGCUGGAGAGAGAGUGAGAGAGAGAGAGAAGCAGCGCACCGAAGGGAAAGAAUAGUCGGGAAAGACUGGAGAGAGGGUGCCCCAUCCAUCUAUCCCUUCAUUUAUCCCUCCAUCCUCAGAAUUUACCCGCAGGACUUGAUUCACUUAUGGCUGCAUGAGAAGCUCUGUCCCUCCACGUUCCUCUCUCUCGCUUCCUUUCCGUGGGACUUUUGAGUUACUGCUUGUGUCCUGAUAGACAGCGCUUGUCAUAGCCAAAGUACAAUCGAGCUCGAGCGAUCCACGCGCGGCGGGACGGGUGGUCAUGGAUACACCUAUCAGAUGGAAAGUAAAGAGGAGGCUUAAGGAGAUGCGGCUGUCGAUACUGAUAGCGUUUCUGAUGUUUGUCACCUCCGGAGCCAGCGCAGCUCAACCAGCCGAUCUCCUAAAGAUUUUAGAUUUUAAGAGUUUGCCAGAGGGUGUAACGAAAACUACAGGCUUCUGCGCACAUAGGAAGUCAUCGAAAGGGCCCGAUGUCGCCUACAGAGUCCAGAAAGAAGCACAGCUCAGCGCACCAACUAUACAACUUUAUCCCUCAUCCGUUUUCCCUGAGGACUUCUCUAUCCUGGCGACGGUGAAGCCAAAGAGGGGCAGUCAGUCCUUCUUGCUGUCGGUUUAUAAUGAGCAAGGCAUCCAGCAGCUCGGACUGGAGAUGGGCCGCUCACCGGUCUUUCUGUACGAGGAUCACAUGGGUAAACCGGGCCCAGAGGACUACCCACUCUUCAGAGGGAUUAACCUGGCCGACGGAAAGUGGCAUCGUGUGGCGAUCAGCAUUCACAAACAGAGCAUCACUCUUAUUUUGGACUGUAAGAAAAAGAUCACACGGACAUUAGCCAGAGGCCCUCACCCCAUCAUCGACACCAAAGGGAUCAUGGUCUUUGGAACGCGUAUCCUGGACGAGGAGGUGUUUGAGGGUGACAUCCAGCAGCUGAUGAUUGUAGCGGACCACCGGGCUGCUUUUGACUACUGUGAGCACUACAGCCCUGACUGUGAGGUUCCUGCCCCAGAACAGCCCCAGAACCAAGACCCAAACACUGAUGAAUAUAACACAGAGGAGGACAACUACUAUUAUGAAUAUCCAUACUAUGAGGACCCGAAUGGGGAAAGGACAGAAGAAACGACGACAACCGAAGAAGUGACUGGAACUGAAACAGAAGACCUGACGGUGUCUGUUCCAGAUAGCAGUCGUGUGAUUACCCCGGUUAUCACUGGAAGUUCACCAAGAGGAGGAAGUUCAGGUAGUUCCUCUUCGUCCUCCUCUUCGUCUUCCUCCUCAUCUUCAUCCUCCUCAUCUGCAUCCUCUGGCUCCACCACGACAACCGGUGAGGACCCAUACGAUGGUUAUGAUGGGUACGAGACGGGAUACGACACAGAUUAUGACGAGUCAACCUCCCAGCCCGACAGCUCUCGGACCAUCAUAAGCACUAGUACAGAUACAGCAGGAGAAGUUGAUGUCGGACUGGGCAGCGAGGUGGAUCUGGGACUGGCAGAAGAACUGGACAGACGCAUCAUCACGUCUGCAGGAGGAGGAAGUGGGAGAGUUGACACAAGCGUCACUAUUACACGAAACGGAAUUUCAAGUUCUGGAUCCGGUUCCAGUGGCAGUGCUGGAUCCAGUUCCAGUGGCAGUACAGGAUCCAGUUCCAGUGGCAGUACAGGAUCCAGUUCCAGUGGCAGUACAGGAUCCAGUUCCAGUAGCAGUACAGGAUCCAGUUCCAGUGGCAGUACAGGAUCCAGUUCCAGUGGCAGUACAGGAUCCAGUUCCAGUGGCAGUACAGGAUCCAGUUCCAGUGGCAGUACAGGAUCCAGUUCCAGUGGCAGUACCGGAUCCAGUUCCAGCUCUUCUUCUACCUCGGCUGGUGGUUAUGAUGAUAAUUACGGUGAGGGUUAUGAUCUGACCUAUGGAGAGGGUUACGGCGAAGGAUAUGGAGAUUACACCGAGGGAGGAGGCGGCAGCAGCAGCAGCACCUCUGUUUCCGUCGGAGGCGGUUCUGUGUCUGUUGGAGGUGGAUCUGUUUCUUCCAGUGGAUCAGUAGCAGGGGGCGGGUCCACCAGUGCCGGCGCCAGCGCGGGGGCGGGGUCUGUUGCCACGGGAGCUGGACAAGGAGGAAUCGGUGGAGAGUCCGUCGACAUCGACAAGUUCGAGGAGGAGUCCAUCACGGAUUUCACUGACUCAGAGCUGGAGAAGAUAUACGACUAUGACAACUUGUACACCGAUGGCGAAAAAGCGCUUCCCGCGGAGACCGAUGAGUCCUACGGCCAGGUGGAUGGACUGAGAGGAGAGAAAGGCCAGAAGGGAGAGCCUGCUAUCAUCGAGCCUGGGAUGCUGGUCGAAGGACCACCUGGUCCAGAGGGUCCCACGGGUCUCCCUGGUCCUCCAGGUUCGUCUGGACCCCCGGGAGGCUCCGGAGAGCCUGGUGAGAGGGGUCUUCCUGGUCGAUCUGGUCUACCUGGUGCUGAUGGUCUUCCAGGACCUCCAGGGACUGUUCUGAUGUUGCCUUUCCGCAUGAGUUCCGGAGGAGACUCGAAGGGUCCUGCUGCUUCUGCUCAAGAGGCUCAAAUGCAAGCCAUCAUGCAGCAGGCCAGGCUGGCAAUGAGAGGUCCAACCGGACCAAUGGGAUUGACGGGCCGUUCCGGUCCUCUGGGUCCUCCUGGUGUGGCUGGACUGAAAGGAGAGUCUGGAGAGGCAGGACCUCAGGGUACCCGUGGUCCAACGGGAUCCCUAGGUCCACCUGGAAAGCCAGGUAGAAGGGGUCGAUCCGGAUCAGAUGGAGCCAGAGGAAUGCCCGGACAGACCGGACCGAAGGGUGACAGAGGAUUCGACGGUCUAGCUGGUUUGCCCGGUGAAAAGGGCCACAGGGGUGAGUCUGGCCCUCAAGGACCACCAGGACCUUCAGGAGAGGAUGGAGAAAGAGGCGAUGAUGGCGAGGUCGGACCCAGGGGUCUCCCUGGAGAGUCGGGUCCUCGUGGUUUGCUGGGCCCCAAAGGACCCCAGGGACCCCCAGGAGUUCCUGGUGUGACUGGAAUGGACGGUCAUCCAGGACCUAAAGGAAACAUUGGACCUCAAGGUGAGCCCGGCCCACCUGGACAGCAAGGCAAUCCCGGAGCUCAGGGACUUUCAGGUCCUCAGGGAGCAAUUGGACCUCCAGGAGAGAAGGGCCCCACUGGAAAGCCGGGUUUAGCGGGAAUGCCAGGAGCCGACGGACCUCCGGGUCACCCUGGAAAAGAAGGGCCUUCCGGAGAGAAAGGACACUUGGGACCAAUUGGUUCUCAGGGCCCGAUUGGGUAUCCUGGAUCUAGAGGUGUAAAGGGUGCUGAUGGAGUCCGUGGGCUGAAAGGACACAAGGGUGACAAGGGAGAAGAUGGUUUUCCUGGAUUUAAGGGAGAUAUGGGCAUCAAAGGAGAUCGGGGAGAACUUGGACCUGCUGGGCCCAGAGGUGAGGAUGGACCGGAAGGACCCAAAGGAAGAGGCGGUCUCCCUGGAGACCCCGGACCCCUCGGGUCGUCAGGAGAGAAGGGUAAGCUUGGUGUGCCAGGGUUGCCCGGUUAUCCAGGAAGACAAGGCCCCAAGGGUUCUCAGGGAUUCCAGGGAUUCCAAGGAACCAGUGGAGAGAAAGGCACAAGGGGGACACCAGGUAAGCCGGGACCCCGGGGACAGAGAGGACCUACGGGACCUCGAGGAGAAAGAGGCCCGAGGGGACCUACAGGAAAAGCAGGACCAAAGGGCAACUCAGGAAGCGAUGGCCCCCCAGGACCACCCGGUGAACGGGGUCUGAUGGGACCGCAGGGACCUACUGGAUUCCCCGGACCCAAGGGUCCACCUGGACCUCCCGGAAAGGAUGGGCUCCCCGGACACCCCGGCCAGAGAGGAGAAACUGGUUUCCAAGGCAAAACUGGACCACCCGGACCCCCAGGUGUUGUCGGACCUCAGGGACCAACUGGUGAGACAGGACCAAUGGGAGAGCGAGGCCACCCUGGACCCCCAGGACCACCCGGUGAACAGGGUCUACCUGGACCUGCAGGCAAAGAGGGAGCGAAGGGAGAUCCAGGUCCGGCAGGUCCAACGGGUAAGGACGGACCUCCAGGGCUACGAGGAUUCCCAGGCGAGCGAGGUUUACCAGGUCCCAUGGGAUCAGCAGGUUUGAAGGGAGGUGAAGGACCCCCUGGUCCUCCCGGACCUGCUGGUUCUCCUGGUGAACGUGGUCCGGCUGGCCCAGCUGGUCCCACUGGCCUGCAUGGCCGACCUGGACCGCAGGGACCCCCAGGCCCCGCUGGAGAGAAAGGUGGACCUGGUGAGAAAGGACCUCAAGGCCCAGCUGGUAGAGAUGGUAUUCAGGGACCCGUGGGACUUCCGGGUCCGGCUGGACCCAUCGGAUCUCCGGGAGAAGAUGGUGAUAAGGGAGAGAUCGGAGAACCAGGACAGAAGGGAAGCAAAGGUGACAAGGGCGAGCAGGGUCCUCCGGGGCCAACCGGUCCUCAGGGGCCUGUGGGUCAGCCCGGUCCUUCUGGUGCAGAUGGAGAGCCCGGUCCCAGAGGUCAACAAGGUCUGUUUGGGCAAAAGGGAGAUGAGGGUGCACGAGGUUUCCCGGGACCACCCGGACCCGUCGGCCUUCAGGGUUUGCCUGGACCCUCCGGUGAGAAAGGAGAGACCGGUGAUGUCGGUCAAAUGGGUCCCCCUGGCCCACCCGGUCCCAGAGGCCCCUCAGGACCCCCAGGAGCUGACGGACCACAGGGUCCUCCGGGAGGUAUUGGAAACCCAGGAGCGGUGGGAGAGAAGGGUGACUCUGGUGAGGCAGGAGAACCGGGUACACAGGGAGACAUUGGCCCGCCGGGUCCAAGAGGUGAAAGAGGAGAGAAGGGAGAAGGUGGACCUGCAGGUUCUGCUGGCCCCCCUGGUCCAAAAGGACCACCUGGAGAUGACGGUCCUAAAGGAAGUCCUGGUCCGAGUGGUUUCCCCGGUGAUCCUGGUCCUCCUGGAGAGCCUGGGCCUUCUGGUUUGGAUGGUGCUCCUGGUGACAAGGGAGAUGACGGAGAGGCUGGUCAGGCUGGUUCUCCUGGACCAACUGGUGAAACUGGCCCCACCGGUCCUCCAGGAAAGAGAGGACCUCAUGGACCUGCUGGACCUGAAGGAAGACUGGGAGAGAAGGGCGCCAAGGGUGAAUCUGGUCUGGAGGGUCCCGCUGGUAAGACGGGUCCGGUUGGACCUCAGGGAGCCCCUGGAAAGCCUGGUCCUGAUGGUCUGAGAGGAGUUCCUGGUCCAGUGGGAGAGCAAGGACUGCCUGGUUCUCCCGGACCCGAUGGACCCCCUGGACCAAUGGGUCCUCCUGGUUUACCUGGCUUGAAGGGAGAUACUGGUGUUAAAGGUGAAAAGGGUCACCCUGGUCUGAUCGGACUGAUCGGACCUCCAGGAGAACAGGGUGAGAAGGGCGACCGGGGACUGCCGGGUCCACAGGGCACUUCAGGACUUAAAGGAGACACUGGCAUCGCAGGACCCUCUGGACCGCUCGGACCGAUUGGACCUCCUGGACUGCCGGGUCCUUCCGGCCCCAAAGGUGCUAAGGGAUCAUCUGGUCAGACUGGUCCGAAGGGAGAAGCUGGACACCCUGGAACUCCUGGACCUCCGGGUCCACCUGGUGAUGUCAUCCACCCCCUGCCUAUGCAUUCCAGCCCGAAACGGGCAAAGAGGAACAUCGAUGCCAGCCAGAUGAUGGACGACGCUGCAGAUGCCAACUACAAAGACUACGAGGAUGGCAUGGAGGAGAUCUUCGGCUCUCUGAACUCUCUCAAACUUGAGAUCGAACAGAUGAAGCACCCGCUUGGCACGCAGAGUAACCCCGCCCGCACCUGCAAAGACCUACAGCUGUGCCACCCAGAUUUCCCAGAUGGUGAAUACUGGAUCGAUCCAAACCAGGGCUGUUCCAGGGACUCUUUCAAAGUCUACUGUAAUUUCACAGCUGGUGGGGAGAGCUGCAUAUUUCCCGAUAAAAAGAGUGAAGGGAGCAAAAUGGCUCGCUGGCCCAAAGACAGUCCAGGCACAUGGUAUAGUCGCUACAAGAGAGGGUCAAUGCUCUCAUACGUGGACGCGGAGGGAAAUCCCAUCGGUGUCGUCCAGAUGACGUUCCUGCGUUUGCUGAGCGCGACGGCACGGCAGAACCUCACCUACAACUGCCAUCAGUCUGUGGCUUGGUACGACCAGAACCAGGACUCUUACGAUAAAGCCAUCCGCUUCCUGGGCUCCAAUGAUGAAGAGAUGUCAUACGACAACAACCCGUACAUCAGAGUUGCUGUCGACGGCUGUGCGUUGAAAAAGGGCUAUGAAAAGACUAUUCUUGAGAUCAACUCACCUAAAGUGGAACAGGUGCCGUUUGUUGACAUUAUGUUCAACGAUUUUGGUGGAGCGACGCAGAAGUUCGGCUUCGAGGUCGGACCGGCCUGUUUCAUCGGCUAAGACUGCUCACCGAGCGCACACGAAACAUAUUCAUUUCCUCUGAAACAAAACACGAGAAAGAAAUAGGACGACAUAUUUGUAAAGUUUUGUGUUUCCAAAGCAAACCCAAGAGAAAUUUGAAGAAUGGAUGUCUAAACAAUGGGUUAGUAAAAAAGAGCAAGCUUUAUAACCUCAGCGUACCCUUUUCAUCACAUGCAAGUUUUGAAACUGGAUGAGGUCAUCGCUCGUGUUUCUCCAAGCCCCGCCCACUUUACGCCUGUCCGACUCUUCACCCCGCCCCCGUGAUGCCCCUCCCACAGGCUGUAUAGACAGACUCCUCAUGUAACGCUCGGUGUUUCUCAGACGAGAAGUUCUGUUUGUUCGUUUGUUUACUUGGGUUUUAUGUUGUUCCCCCUUUCACUUUUUUGUGCAUACUUGUCUUCCAUUCCCAUGAAUGGUGAUUAUAUAUAUAAAUAUAUAUAAAUAUUUUUUCUAUGUUUGUAAGUACUUUCUGUAUAUUUUUUCUGGUGAAGUGAUUUUUUGGCUCUGGCUUCAAAACAUGCAUGUGAACCCAUUGAGUGAUAAGGACAGAGCUGCGGGUUAUUGAAAAAGUAAAAACCAAAUAUGAAAUAUCUGAACCCUCCCAUCUCAAAUAAAUCCUGAAGGUCUUUCCCCCGAGUCUGAAGAAAACAACAAAAUAAAGGAAAUUAUUAAAAAAGAAAAAACAACAAAACGAUGUUUCAUUGUAGAUGUCUUUGGUAAUUUAAACACUAAAAUGACAAUAAAAGUAAAAAUGUGCUAACUUCACCGAGAUCGAGACUCAUGUGCGAGAGGCGAGUCCGAUCACACACACACAUUAGUAAUGAGAGACCGACAUUGGUAAACUAGGUGCUAUUUCCUUCUGUCUGUGGUGCUACAAAUAUAUACCAUUCCUGUUUUGUGUUUGUUUUGAUUGAAAAUGGCUCUGCGGCGACACCCAAACAAUUCCACGUCUUGUGUCAAAGUGUCUGGCGGUUGGUUCGAGGUGGGGGAGUAUUUUUAUGCAUGUGGUAAAAUCAUAGUCAGUCACAGAUGAAAACAUGUUUCCUUCCGUUCUCGUCUCUUUUCGAAAACUGACAUUGUAAUUACUUUUAUACUUGAGGUGUGUCUUAUGUACUUCUGGUCCUCCAAAGCGUUUGGUUUGUACUUCACAUUGCAGCGUUCGUAUUACCGUUUACAGUAACAAUCAUAAAACACGAUGGUAUCUUAUGUACAACAUAUAAAUGGGCCCUGACAUGUAAAGUGUGACCAUAGUUUGGAUGCAACACAACUGAGAGCUUGAAUUUAUUUUGUGUAACAUUUCCUGUGUGGAAAUCAGUGCAAUGGAACAGCUUUCACCUCAAACUUUUAUCAUACAAAAACUUUAAACGGCUCAAAUCGCUCUGGAAUAUUGGCUUGGGACCUUUCGUGUUUCUGAAGGGUUCUGUGAACAUCUUAAUCGAGGAUCUCUCUUACCAAACGCUUAUGCAAGUGAAUCGUUUAUUCAUUUUUCUGCCAAUUUCAGCUUUUCUUCCAAAGAUAUUUCUCAGUUUUAAUUUAAGACACUUGAAUACCAAACAGAGUAUUUCCUGCACUAAUGCUUUGAGUAUGUCGUCCAUCACACAUUUCUGAUAGGUACUAUUGCGUCGCAUUGAUGCACGCGUAUUCCUUCACAGAAUUUUGGGGAUUUGUUUAAAUUGAAUAGAGCCAUCAUGUUAUUCAUCUAAUGCUAUUCUGCAUCUUUUGCCACUAGAAGUUUCCUUCACGCGCUCUUAUUCUAGCUUUUGACCACUAGACCUGCUACUGCAAAAUCUUGCUCUUCGAUUGUUAAAUAUGACUUGAACUAUUUCUUUAAAGACGAUUGGAAAUACAGACAAGUUUUUGUCAAUGCAAAAUAUUGGAAAAAAUCUGUACAUUUCAAAACCAGCAGUAAUGCUGCCAAUAAAGUUGAUUCUGUUUUGUUUUUGUCGUUGUAAUGUUCGUUUUUUUGUUUUGAGUUCCUGUCAAACCUGUGUACGAGCAGAUAGAAGAGAUAACGGUUUUGUGUCAAUAAAUUCAAGAUUUCUGUGUCCACCCACCCUUGUAUGUCUUUUGAAGCAUUAAAACUUUUCUGUAUGCAUGAAAUAGUUAAGCUUAUUCUCUUGAUGUUUUUUGUCCCGCAACUUUGAUUUGAUUCCAGCCACAUUCUGAUCUAGUGAUCGAUGAAAUCAGGCCUGUCCUUCAUUGUGAAACGGAGCGAGAGCGAAGAUUGUUGUAAAGCUCUACUAAAGCCCAUGUUCCUUUGUAGUAUAUUUAUUGUAUUAUUUAAAAAUAAAUGUUAAUUGAUA